CAGAGACUGCAGACACAGUACAGGAGAUGACCAGAGACUGCAGACACAGUACAGGAGAUGACCAGAGACUGCGGACACAGUACAGGAGAUGACCGGAGACUGCGGACACAGUACAGGGGACGACCAGAGACUGCAGACCUACUACAGGAGAUGACCAGAGACUGCGGACAUAGUGCAGGAGAUGACCAGAGACUGCGGACAUAGUACAGGAGAUGACCAGAGACUGCGGACACUGUACAGGAGACCAGGGACUGCGGACAUACUACAGAUGACCAGAGACUGCGGACACAGUACAUGGGAUGACCAGAAACUGCG